AUGGUCUUCUUCAUUUAUCUACCAAACCCAUCUCACAUUGAGGCCAGGGAUGGCAGUUUCACAGUCGAACUGAUCCACCGUGAUUCCCCAUUUUCUCCAUUCCACAAUUCUGCAGAGACCCAACACAUACGAUUAAGAAAAGCUGUUCAUCGUUCGAUGUCUCGAGUUGAAUACUUUCGUUCGAGGAGCCUAUCUUCAGCAGCUUCCUCUUCUUCGAAGACCUUUGUAUCUAUGGUGACUCCAAAAAGUGGUGAAUUUCUCAUAAAACUAUCCAUUGGCACACCACCAUUUGAGCUCUUUGCCAUUGUUGACACAGGAAGUGAUCUUACAUGGAUCAAGUGCAAGCCUAAUAAUCAGGAUUAUGAUCAAAGCACAUCCCUCUUUGAUCCCAAAGCAUCUUCCAGUUAUGGCGACCUCUCAUGCUUCUCAACACCCUGCAAAGAACUAGUAAAAACCUCUUGCAGUAUUAAUGGAGAGACCUGCCAGUACUCUUAUUCCUACAGGGACAGGUCCUCAACAAUGGGAACACUGGCCUCAGAGAAGCUGAACCUGAAUUCUGUUUUGAUGGAAAACAUAGUCUUUGGCUGUGCACAUCCCUACAGUGGAGACUUAAGCAACAUUGCAGAUGGGCUUAUUGGCCCCUUCAAUUGGUGGAAGACUGUCAUACUGCCUUGUGCCCUUGCAGGAGAGCAACAUGAGUAG